CAAUCCUACCCACCUGUAAAACGCCACAGGCACUGUUUGUCAUUCUAUGAUAAGACUUAAUUACUUUUCAACUCGGAGACGUUUGAGUCUGAGAAUUGCUUUGUUCGAGAGGAUAAAAAACGAAUAUCGACAAUGGUUUGUGGAGGAUUUGUUUGCACGAAGAAUUCCCUAUGCGCUCUGAACAUACUUUAUGUUAUGGUGAGCUUGCUGCUGAUUGGAGUAGCUGCUUGGGGGAAAUGGUUUGGCCUGGUCUCCAGUUUUCGGGUGGUGGCUGGAAUCAUUGGUGUGGGCAUCUUCCUGUUAUUUGUGGCCUUUGUGGGCCUCUGUGGUGCCCUGAAGCACCACCAGGUCCUGCUGUUCUUUUACAUGAUUAUCCUGUUCCUGGUGUUCAUGGUUCAGCUGUCAGUGUCUGCCGCAUGUCUGGCUAUCAAUAAAGAGCAGCAGAAAGAACUCCUAGAGGUGGGCUGGAACAAGUCCGAGGCCACUCAGAAGGAUGUGGAGAAAAGUCUAAACUGCUGUGGCUUCUUCCAUCCGAACUAUAAUGGCACCUGUGACGCGGACUGUUUCUCCAACCCAUUAUCCUGCAACCCUUGUGGUCCAAUCAUCCAAAGUCAUGCUGAGGAGGUUUUACGCUUUGUGGGUGGGAUUGGAUGCUUCUUCAGCUUCACAGAGAUCCUGGGAGUGUGGCUAACGCACAGAUACAGAAAUCAGAAGGAUUCCCGUCCAAACUCUGGUGCAUUUCUAUAACUAGCUUGUUCAUAAACUCAACUUUGCACUGUCAUGCAUUUGUAUUUAGAUCCUGUGUGACUUUUAUCUUACGAUUAUUAUAUGUUUCCUAUUUGGAUAUUUUCAUUGCUGUGAUAAUAUAACUGCGUUGAUAUAUCUAA